CAUUGAAGUCAGAGAUGACCGAGUUUCCAGUUGUUCUGAACGCGGCAGUUACGUCAGAAGGGAACAGUGAAAGAACAAAAUGGAGGAAUACGCACGGGAGCCAUGUCCGUGGAGAAUCGUGGACGACUGUGGGGGUGCUUUCACCAUGGGGGCCAUUGGAGGAGGGAUCUUCCAGGCGGUCAAGGGCUUUAGAAAUUCACCUGCAGGGAUGAGCCACAGAUUGAAAGGUAGCAUGACAGCCAUCAAGACCAGGGCCCCGCAGUUGGGGGGUAGCUUUGCAGUAUGGGGUGGCCUCUUCUCCAUGAUUGACUGUGGGUUGGUAAAGGUACGGGGGAAAGAGGACCCCUGGAACUCCAUCACAAGCGGGGCCAUGACUGGAGCCAUCCUCGCAGCAAGAAAUGGACCAGUGGCCAUGGUAGGCUCUGCAGCAAUGGGAGGUAUACUACUGGCAUUGAUAGAGGGCGCUGGAAUCCUGCUCACUAGAUUUGCUUCGUCACAGUUCCCAACUGGUCCCCAGUUUGCUGAGGAGCCAGCCCCCAUGCCUGCCCCCUCCUAUGGAGGAGACUACAGACAGUACCAGUGAGAGGUCCCUCUGACACUCAAGGCCUUUUUUAAUUCCUCGCUGAAGUUACACUGAGGAAAUGGAGAAAAAUUCUACAUAAUACGCAAUUACAAUUGCACCUAACAUUAUGAACUGGGUCAGAGAACUGAAGGGCAAAUCCACACUUUUUUUCCAGAGCCGAUGUACAGAUUUGCCUUUUACCAUCCUCAGCCUUGUCAGUUGUGUUUAGUUCACCCUAAAUCGGUUAAAAUAUCUGAACGAGGGAAAAGUUUGUGACUUGUGGGUUUGUACAAUCAAACAUGCAUGUAUACCCUGCAAGUGUGACAGACAAACUGAAGCUGAUGUUGAGUCAAGCUCACUGCCAUGGCUGUCAAUGUCCAGUCAAAGAUGGAUUGUAUCAAACUUGUAUAAUGUCUUUCAUAUGUGUAUAAAAACUUUCCUGCAUGUA